AUGAAAACUGUCUUCACCAAUGGCGUCAUCGUCCGAGGCAACGGGAGCUCGCAAUCUGAGCCCGUCCUGGGCUGUAUGGUCGUCGAGGACGACAAAAUAGCAUACAUAGGCGCUGAAAACGACGAACCCGUCGCACAAGCAAAGCAAGCACUAGGCGUUGAGAUUGUAGACUUGCAAAGACGAACCGUCAUCCCAGGGUUCAUUGAUGGUCACAUGCACCUCCUCCUCUUCGGCGCGGGGCUCUCCAAAAUCGACCUCGGACACUGCAAAUCCCUCGCCGACAUCCGCUCAACCAUCAAGACGGCCGCCGCGCAGCGCCCGCACGCCCCGCGUCUCUUCUGCAGCGGGUGGAUGCACUCCAUGACAGACGGCCAGGCACUAGCCAGCAUGCUCGACGACCUCGACCCGCGGCCUAUCUUCAUCGACUCGAAAGACCUACACAGCGCGUGGUGCAACACCGCCGCGCUGCGCGAGCUCGGCGUCGCGGACACGCCAGACCCCGCGGGCGGGAUCAUCCACCGCGGGGAAGACGGCACGCCGAGCGGGCUACUCUCCGAGGCGGCGGCGGUGAAUAUCGUGUGGCCGCAUGUGGCGCGGGUCGCGACGGCGGAGGAGAAGAUGGGCUUUGUGCGGAGUGCGGUGCGCGCGUACAAUGCGGCGGGGUAUACGGGGGUGGUGGAGAUGGCGACGGACGAGAACGUGUGGGGGACGAUGCUGGCGCUGCGACAGACAGAACAGGUGUCGCUGCGGCUGGCGGCGCAUUGGAUCAUUACCCCCGCGACGACGGUGGAAGCGUGUCUGGCGCAGGUGGACCGCGCGAUCGAGCUGCAUGCGAUGUAUAAUGCGACCUCGUCGCCGGAUUUCCGCAUCGCGGGGAUCAAGGUCAUUUGCGAUGGGGUGGUGGAUGCGUGCACGGCUGCGCUGCUGCAGCCGUAUGCUGCAGCCGCGCAAGCUGGCGAGGGUCAAGUGAACUGCGAGCCGCUGUGGCCGGCGGAUAUGUUGCGGGCCGUAGUGGCCAAGGCGGACGCAGCGGGCCUGCAAUGCGCGCUGCAUGCGAUCGGCGACGCGACGGUGCGGCUGGCGAUCGAUACGCUGGCGGCGGUGGGCUCGCCCGGCCGGCGGCAUCGCAUCGAGCAUCUGGAGCUGACGGCGCCUGAGGACGCGGCGCGGCUGGGCCAGCUGGGGAUCACGGCCUCAGUGCAGCCAGUGCAUGCGGACCCGGCGAUCCUGCGUGCGUGGCCGCGGCUGCUGGGCGAGGAGCGGUGCGCGCGUGCGUUUGCGUAUGCCGAGUUUGCGGCCCACCGUGCGCCGCUGGCGAUUGGGACGGACUCGCCGACGGCGCCGCAUCUGCCGCUGAGGAAUCUGUAUACAGCGACGACGCGGCGGUCAGCGCGCGAGCCGGAUUCAACGGUAACAGUAAACCCGCAGUUCAAGCUGUCGCUGCUGCAGGCGGUUUCGGCGGCGACGGCCGGGUCGGCGUACUCGUGCUUUGCGGAUGGGUUUACGGGGAGUCUGGAGGUCGGGAAGAAGGCGGAUUUUGCGGUCGUGGAGAUGGAGUGGGAGGCCGAGAAGCUGCUCGAGGCGUCGGUGUGCGAGACAUACUUUGAUGGACGGAGGGUGUACAGCCGUUCCUAG